CAGUGUAGACUGUAAAAAAAACUGUAAAAAAAACUGCUUUGGAAAAAGAUAACUGAAGUGUCAUUAAAUAGUUUAGUUAGUCUCAAGUCCCAUUGAAUAACAUGGGGGAGGCGGGGUUCAUGACCUAUACUGGGACCAGUCACUGGGGGGCGAUCGAGACAUUUUGGUUUCACUUUUCAGAGCUUGUGCGGCACGCUUGGAAUGAACUCAUUAACUGUGGCUCAGAAUGAACGCUUUGACCGCGUCUACCAAGAGAAAAUGAAAGGACUUUAACUUCACUUCAUCUGGGACAUCACUGAGAUACAAAACUGAAAAUCAACAAAUUUUCUGUACGGUAUGGACCCAACGGAUAAUUACUUUACUUUUUGAGGAAGAUUUUCCAGACAAAGCAAAUGAAACCACAUACGAGCAGAUGCCUUGGCUGGAGUUUCGGGAAAAAGACAAAGAUUACGAGUCCCGUCCGUCUCCAAGACUCUUCGCUUCCCAUUUGCACGAGCACAUGGUGCCUAAUGAGUUGCAAGAUAAAGGAAAAAUCAUCUACGUCAUGAGAAACCCAAAAGAUGUCAUGGUGUCUUAUUUCCAUUUUGCAAAUAAGAUGAAGAACAUGGAACCUUUAGAGAGCUGCGAUGACCUGCUGGAUAAGUUUUUCACAGGAUGGAUGCUUGGUGGAUGUUGGUUUGACCACAUCAGAGGAUGGAUCUCAAAUAAAGACAAAUACAACAUCUUGUUCUUGACUUAUGAAGAGAUGAUCAAGGACCUCAGAUCUGCAGUUAUAAAAAUGUGUACAUUUGUGGGGAAGAAUCUGUCAGACGCAGCGAUUAAUAAAGUGGUGGAAAAAGCAACUUUCAACAACAUGCAGAAAGACCCCAAAGCCAACUACGAAUUCAUGCCAGAAAACAUCACAGACCACCCAAAAGCACUAUUUGUGCGCAAAGGAACAGUUGGGGACUGGAAAAACUCAUUAACCGUAGCUCAAAGUGAACGCUUUGACCAGGUUUACCAUGACAGAAUGAAAGACCUUCAUCUUGACUUUAACUGGGACCUACAUGGCUGAAAUAAUGACAUUAAAUGUCAUAAAUCUACAAUAAAAUGUGAACUAGUGCAGCCCAUUGUGACCAACAUAUGAACGCAUGUAUUAGUUAUUCAUCCAUAUAAAAAUCAGUAAGAGAAUAGUGUUAUGACAAAUAACAUUUGUUUAAUAGUGUUUAGUAAUGUAAAGAUAACAAACAUUAUGUAUAGUAUGGAAAACAUUUAAAUUUACUAAAUUAAAUUUUUAGACUUUUAUCUUGUAGUGUGAAAAAAACUGAAUUGUAUUUCUCAAAUUAGUGUGAAACAAAUGAACAAAUGACUAACAUACACCACCAGUCAGUUUUAUUGAAUGAACUUUUAAACUUUUUAGUAUUUUAUUCACAUACAUCUGCUUAUAUAAUGUAUAAUAAUUUGGAAUAAUAAAAUUUGAAGAUUCAUAAUUAUAAAA